GCUGCGCGGCGCUUUCGCCUGGAGUUCUACUUAUGGUCGGCGCCAUUCUGGGAGGCGGGUCUCAGCCAUGGAGGCCGCGAACCCUUGGGACCCGGUGUCCGCGCCAACCGCUGCCGGGCUAGUGCUGGGCCGUUUCGUAGCAUCGGGGUUUGUCACUCAGGAGAUGUUAAAUAUAUCUAAGAAAUCAGCUUCUUGUUUUGUGAACUUCUCCAAGCUACAGCAGAUCACAAAUAUUCAAGCUGAAAUCAACCAGAAAAACCUGGAAAUUGCACUUCUAAGACUAGAAAAGGAUACAGCUGAUGUUGUUCAUCCUUCCUUUUUGGAUGAAAAGUGUCAUACUCUACAAAAUAUGAAUAAUCAUUUGGAAGCAGUGCUAAAAGAGAAGAGGUCCCUCAGGCAAAGACUGUUGAAACCUAUGUGCCAGGAAAACCUGCCUAUUGAAUCUGUUUAUCACAGAUACAUGGUACAUUUGUUGGAGUUGGCAGUGACUUUCAUUGAGAGAUUAGAAACCCAUCUUGAAACAAUUAGAAAUAUCCCUCAUUUAGAUGCAAAUCUAAAGAAAAUGAGCAAAGCUUUAGCAAAGAUGGAUAUUUUGGUGACUGAGACAGAAGAAUUGGCAGAGAAUAUACUCAAGUGGCGAGAACAACAAAAGGAAAUUUCCUCUUGUAUCCCCAAAAUAUUAGCUGAAGAAAAUUAUCUUCAUAAAUAUGGUAUUAUAAUGCCUUCUUUACCUUAUUCUUCUAAAGUUCAUGUCUAAACUAUUAAUGCCAAGUGAUUCAACUGUUUAUAUUUUGCUUAAUUAUGUGUAGUCAUGUGAAGUCCGUUUCUAGUCAGUGGUAACAUGGGUAUUUAUCGGCUUUGCUGCUAGUAAUGCUGAAAGAUGAAAGAGCCCUAUUUAUAUUGUAGUACUAAGAUUCCAAAUUCAUUAAAACCAAAAUAAAUUUUUCUGUUAAUAUAUUCAUUCCACUUUUCAAUAAAACUCGUGAAGAUCAAAUAUAGCUAUCACAAUUUAUUAACAUGAGUGUAUUAUCCAUAUUUCCAUAUCUCAGGCAGCAGACUCUAUUUUCUUUUUUUAAUGCUUGUUUCUGAUUUACAAGAGUCUUCUUCAAUCUGAAGGUAUGUUGGUUAUUCCUGUGUGGUUGACAUUAAAUGUGCAGAAAUGAGUAACAUAGCAGGCCUGACUGCUAUCUUUUGAAAGACUUGCUUGCAAGGUGGGUCCUUUACUGGCAUCUGGGAACUUAGAUUUCAAGAGGGUUCCUUCCACUCUCACUGAUAAAAGCUCUCUGUGACUAAGCUAUUUGUACAGUGAGGUUUGUGCUGAACACCUACUUUCCUCCUGGGAGUCUAGAAUUUUGGUACAUACUAGGCAGAAGAUACGUAUGUGACUAGCCUGCAAAAAUAAUCCUGGGCAUUGUAUCUGUUUCAUGGUAAACAUUUCACACAUCACGACUCAGUUGCUGGGGAAAUUAAGCACGUUCUACACUAUGUGACUCCACUGGCAGAGGACUCUGGAAGCUGUACCUGGUUUACGCCGGCCUUUGCCCUGUGCACCUUUUCUCUUUGCUGUUUUGUUUUUAUGCCUUCACUGUAAUAAAUCGUAGUCGUGAAUACAAUGAUAUGCUGAGUCCUGUGAAUCCUCCAAGCAUAUCAUCAAACUUGGGUGGGGUGGGUCUUGGGGACCCUGACACACUAAGCAAUUCCCGAGGAUGUUCACUGGCAGCCUUAGGAAUAGGCAAAGAAGAAAGGCAGAGCAAAGCAAAGAAAAAGGCCCAUUUUGAUAAAUGGUUUACUUUACAAAAUGCUGAAAUAUUUUACCUAUCUGAGAUUAUUGUGCAUAAGGAAUUGGAAUUCUAAGACUUACUAAGCCUCAGGAUGUAUUCAUUUGUAUCAGCACUAUAGCUACCCCUGGCUUAUUUUCCGAUUUGGGGUUCUCUUUUGCUUUAAAAUGUAUGCAUCAGUAUUUUUAUACUAUCGUAUUCUCUGUAU